GCCUUCGCCUCUCAUGUCGCCAAUGGUGAUUCCUGCUCGUCGCGCGAGUGAAACGCGUCUUAACAGUUUCCGUUUUACGAGCAGCUUCCGAUUCUUCCGCCAGAUUUUCACCGAUCUAGGAUUUUUUGCCCGGCGCCGACCCAGAAACGGACGAUUUCUUUUCUCGUCUGCUGAGCAGCUAUGCUCUUCCACCGAUUUCCGCUGUAUCUGCACAUGCAACACACACACACACACACACACACACACAUUACGUGUAAUCCCAAACAAAAUCAACAGACGUGUCCACGUUGCGUCAUCGUAUAUUCUUCGCCUUUUGAAGUUUAUUAUCGGCAGGCCAAGAAUUUGCAUGGAAAGUCUUUACGUAAACCUGGAGCCUUAAAUUUGAGUUGCAAUGACAUUUCUUUUAAAAUAUUCGAAAGUUAUCAGCAUACCAGUUUGUUCAAUUGGUUGACAAUAAUGGAACGCUCUUUCCCGUUGUAGAAUCAGGAUAAUUACGUAAAACGGACUCUUCUUUCUUUCGCCGUGAAUAAGAACGAAAUGGCACGUUUUCGGGAUUGCAGAGGCGUGACGGAUUUUCUUUUUUUCUUUUUACUUCCAAUUCCGGUUACGACGCGGUCAACUGGCCUACUCGAAACCGGAAUUGGGUCAGUCUAGACACCUAACCGCGAAAACGAUUAUGACGAUGCUGAAGAAAGGGUAGAAUGGAAUAAACGCGAAUGCAAUAGACGUCUACUUUCAGUGUCGGUCGUAUCGGAGGGAGAGUCGCGUUAACGAGAAUGAUAUGAGACGAAGUGGAAGGGGUGAAAAGGUCACCGCGAGAUCUAGUCCAGAUGUAGGAGAUCUACGCAACGGUAGAAAGUUUCAAGGAAAGUACUUGUGUGGUAUUGGUAUCAAAUAAUUUGUAUUAGAUGAUCGUCCGAUAAUUCCUUGAAUGCACAAUUUAAAAUCAAGUCAUUUUUAUACAUUAUAUGUUACACAUAAUUAUGUUACACAUAAAUGUAUAUCGUAAAAAAACCUUACAAAGGUAAAAACUGUACAUCCAGUACACAAAAAAACAUUUAAGGUGUACGCAGUGUAUUUUUGUGUACAUAAAAAUGUUUAAGAAAGAUUGUAAAUAAAAAGUGAAGCUGUAUUAUUCGAAAUUAUCAUCUUAAUUUGACAUUUCAUAAAUUCCCUCCUUCGAUUUUUAUAUUAUUCGCUUCUACCUUUCGCCGAAUUGUCGAUAAUUUAAUACCAGUAUACAAAUUCGUCGCACAAGCGUGAAGUUGAUUGUACACGACGGAGCUGUUUGAAUGAAAUGUGCAACAGCUUGCGUAAAGAGUUACUACUUUUUUUUUGUAGAAUAUGAAAACUCUAAGAUCAUCGCGGAGCAUAUAGAACAUAUCGGAGUGACCCCGGCACGAAACAGGGUCAGACUCUCACCGCUCGGCGAUAAAACUUGGCUUAGAAAGUCUUUUCACCCCUUCCGCUCAUUAUAAUCGUGUUCCGCGAACACUGCUGGAGCAAGUAACGUCUCGUAUCUUACUUACGCAAUUUAGCAGUCUGGUAUGUUUCGCUCGUUUCUAUUUUACUGUGCGCCGCUGAAUUUCUCCGGAGUUUUCUUUCACGAAAUCAUAUGAAAUAUUAUAUAGAAAUGCAAAACAAAAAACAAACAAACGAUAACGUCCCCAAUUUCGUCGAUGUAUAAUUCAGACUUAUUGGCGAGUUAUAUUUUCCCCCGCAGCAUUAGAUCGAAACUUGACAAAUUAACUUUUAUACGUUUUACCUUGCAAUUGUAUUAAAUGUAUCAUUUUAGAAAACUACAAUGGCAAGAGCGAGAGGAAGAAAGAAACGGACUCGAAGAUGAGAAGAAAGGAGAAAGAAUGGUAAAUUGAUUACUUUCUCCCUAAUUAAUCGCUAAUAUUUCCGUUUUAUACGAAAUUGCUUUGAAACACACGAUCUUGUCUCGUUGCGGCGUGUCAUUCAUUUACGCCACGAUGCACCAGGUUUCGCGGCUGCGGCUGCUUGAAAUAAAUGUCGCAACGCUCACCUUGUCAACAACAAUUGGAGUGCGGACGACGAGCGCGGCGGCAAUUAAGAAUUGUUCUCACGUUCACGCUUUUUAGAAUACGCCCGUCGCUUACUCUUGCCUUUUUCGCGAGUUAAAGUCGCAGGACGUUCCACCAAAUGCCUUAGUACUCGGACAUCUCGCAAUGGAAAUAACUGUUCCCUGCACACGCUCGUCAUCGCAGACGUACGAACAUCAUUCGCACUGAUUGCCGACUUAAUCGAACGAGAAACAUGUGGUUGCAUAAGAACUCCAUGUGUCGCUUCCUCCUGGCUCGUCUUUUGAUCGUCGGCCUAACACUCUCGAAGGCCCUCAAAGCGUCUGAAGAGAUACGCGAAACGAAAGUCACCUUCGAGGAGACUUCCUCGACAUCGGAUCAGUCCGUUCGCGAAACAACGACGCCUGCUUCGUUGUUAAGACCUGACAGCGACCGAGAAUUAACGUCUCCGACCGUCGUCGAAGGCCGCUCCCGAAACAAUUCCAACGUCUUCAAGCCUAGCAAGCACUUGGGCGAAAUCGAGCGGCCGGCUGUCCGAACGAGCCCCUUCAACAAUGUGCAUCACGUGAGAUUCGAGAACAAUGUUCACCUAGAUUCGCAGCACGAGCGGUUUCACAAUGUCCUUCAGGACGCGUCGCAAGGCUCUGGGUUGCUGGACGAGGCGACGCGAUCGAGCAGAAUUAAGUUCCAGGACGACGGCGCGGUACAAACGUCGAACAUCCGUCAUUCCUUCGAUGAUCGGCUGACCGUUACGGAGAGCCCGAGAGCGCAGUUUGAGGAAGGUCCCGUUGGUCACACGUUCGUCGACCAGACGUUCUUCCAAAACGUCGAGAAGCCGGAGAUGCAGGAAAUAUUCGGGAAGACGACGACCGAUCAUCGGUCGACUGGCAUUUACUAUGACGCCUCGAGGUCACCGUAUGUCGUCAAUUAUUACGCCGAGCAGAAUCAGAAUGCUUAUCAGCCGACGUCGCCGCAGGAAACCGCGAUCGAGAUGAUGAAGAGGCCCGAGGGUAACGGUGUUAUGGUACUUCAGCAACACGAGUCAACGUACACGAGAAAGCGGAAAUUUCCCUAUUCGUUUUAUCAGCCGGCUGGCGAAUAUCACGAGGUGCAAUACAUGGAGGACCCACAUCAGACUAUAGCUCAUCCGCGCGUGAGAAGGCCGUUCCCUUGGAAGAAAAUCAUUCAUCUAAUUGGUACUAUUCUGCCGCUGGGCUUGCUACUAGCAUCGUUGAAGCCCAACGUCGUGCGGAUCGACAACUCGACAACCCAGCCGAACAUCGUCCUCUCGAAGCUGCGGCUCGCUGAUCUGCCGGUCGAGCAUAAGCAAACACGUGUACUCGACGAUCCAUCGGUCGGUUGCGAGAAUCAAUCGGUCUGCGAAUUGAUCUUGGCCGGCGGCGAACCGCAAUCCAACAUCCUCCAAAAUAUCCUAUGGAACUUGGCCACCAGAACCCCGGACGAUGUCGCAAAAAGAAAUGGUCUUCGCGAAGUGUUCAGCGCCGUCAGGAAAAAAGACUGUACGACGAUCAGCUGUUAACGACUGCCUAGGAAGCCAGCGGAUCAGUAUGCACGCGAUCUCUCCUGCGUGUCCGUUGAUUUAUGGCGUUAAUGUUCGCACAUUAUGCAAAUUUCACGGCUUUACGCGUGAAACAGCGAGAGUAUAAAAAUCGCGAAACGAUUAUACUACACAAAUCACAUAUAAUAUUAUCAUUUGACAUAUAUGUAAUAAUUCUAUUCAUAAUAUAGCAGCAUUAAUUACAGCAUUAUAUUAUGUAGACGAUAUUAUAUUAUUACAUUGUCCAUUUCGAAUUGUGGAAACGGCGUUCGAAAGGAAGAAUAUCUUCGUCAUAUUUCACGAUGGUAGCUUUAAUUAUAUGUAAAACAUCAUGUAGCUUAACGACAAUUCUCAAUAAAAACGCAAUACACCGUCGGUAUAUAAAAAGCGGCCAUUUUACCGCGCACUUGUGUCUCGCGACAAUUGGCAAGUCUUAUUUU